CACUUUCGGACUUAUUUUGUCAUCUGGCGAUAGAUUCAUAACAUGUUUCAAAAGUUCAGUUCCUCUUUUAUUCUCCUGGUUAUUCCGGGUUACUAGUUGCUAUUCCUGGCCAAGGUUUGUGGUGUGUAGGCCUAUCAUACGAAGUACUAUUCAUGAAAGGACAAUGUAUUAUAAGAGCAUACCAUUAGCUCGAGGCACUCCCCCUUGAACAGUCCCUGACCAACUCAUAAUUGUGAAUAGUCUGGCCAAACAACUGUAUAGUUUACAGUAUUGUUUUCAGCUCUGCCAUCCUGCUCCAUUUGUCUGUCAUUGUUACAGAACAUGUGCCAGUUCUAGUAAAAAAAGGUGUUUAGUUUCUGCAAAAUAGCGAUGAUAAGCCAGUGUUGUUCAUCAAGUUGUCAUUGCCUGGCACGGGAUAAAUCAUGCGUGCUGCCGUCAUCUGUGUUUCAUUUGAUCACGGGCGGUUAAGAAGGAGCAUUGUUCUGUUGCUUCUCUCUGCUCGAAGGAUAUGUUCAGUGUGCAUGUUAAACGGCCGCUAAUUACUAAAUUAGCCUGCUGCUCGUCUGUGGGAUCAGAAGAAGGAGAACUUUAGGAUAUAGGCCUACAUGUAGUGUCUAACAACGUUUCAAAAUGCUGAUCAGAUUGGUGAGAUUGGUUGGCCUCCUGGUGGUGUUGCUACAGUAUUCUCAGGCUGCAGAUUUCCAGUCAUUGGACCACUUGAAGAGUUCCACCCCUCCCUCUGUCCAGGAGAGAACCGUGGCAGACCUUAUCAAGAGGAUACUACCGACCCGUGCCGCCUUUGAGUUCACUGUUGAGAUCGCACCUGACCUUGGGCCUCCAAAUAGAGACACGUUCCAGCUUACCAACUAUAAUGGAGGUAUCAAGAUCAAAGCGAAUAGUGGGGUGGGUGGAGCGUGGGGCUUCCAUUACUACCUGACCCAAUUCUGUGGUGGUCACAUUGCCUGGGAGGGACGACAGCUUAAUAUUCCAACAAGGCUGCCAAGAAUACCGAAUGGAAAAUUACAGGUUACCACUAAUGAUAGGUUUCGUUACUAUGCCAAUGUGUGUACCGUGAGCUAUUCGUAUGUUUGGUGGAACUGGACACGCUGGGAGCAGCACCUUGACUGGAUGGCUCUGAAUGCUAUCAAUCUGCCAUUGGCGUUCACCGGACAGGAAGCAAUAUGGCAGAGGGUCUACCUCAAGUUAGGUUUUACUCAGGACGAUCUUGAUUCUCACUUUGGUGGACCAGCAUUCCUAGCAUGGUCUCGUAUGGGGAACAUGAAAGGCUGGGGUGGCCCCCUCCCUCCUUCUUGGUACGCAGGCCAACUAGCCCUCCAGCACAAGAUCUUGGACAGGAUGAGGAGGUUUGGUAUGGUGCCAGUCCUACCAGGGUUUGCUGGUCAUGUCCCUGGUGCAAUCAAAAGGGUGUUUCCAAAUGCCACCGUCACGCAGCUGAAGGAUUGGGGGCAUAUGAACUCAACAUAUUGCUGCACCUCCCUGCUCGACCCGGAGGAUCCUCUGUUCCGGCAGAUAGGGAAGCUUUUCAUUGAAGAGAUGAUGAAUGAGUUCGGUACGGACCAUGUGUACAACGCGGACACCUUUAAUGAAAUGACACCUCCGUCGAGUGAACCAUCUUAUCUGAAGAAGGUUGGCAAGGCCGUGUAUGACGGAAUGACUGUGGCUGAUCCUCAGGCGAUUUGGUUGCUCCAAGGCUGGUUGUUCUACCACCAAGCUGAUUUCUGGCAGUCACCACAGACACAAGCUUUCCUAACAUCAGUACCCCAGGGUAAGAUGAUCGUGCUGGACCUAAUGGCCGAAGCCUUUGCCGUUUAUAACAAGACAGCCUCGUUCUACGGACAGCCCUUCAUCUGGUGUAUGUUACAUAACUUUGGAGGCAACCUGGGGCUGCAUGGCAUGAUUGACAGUAUCAAUAAGGGUCCAAUAGUGGCCAGGAAGAACACAACAAUGAUAGGUAUCGGGCUGGCGAUGGAAGGUAUAUUCCAGAACUACAUGAUCUACGAGUUCAUGCUGGAGAAUACAUGGAGGCAGGAGGAGAGGAACAUCUCACAAUGGAUGGGUGAGUACGCAAGGAGAAGAUACAACACUCACAAUAGCCACCUGAAGAACAUGUGGACCAUACUCGCUAUGUCAGUAUACAAUGACAGCUCGCUCGUUGCCCGUCAUCUCUUUCAUAUCAUCACAAGAAGACCAUCUCUCUCCCUCAAGCCACUGCUGUGGUAUGACCCGGAUUCACUCUUCAAAGUUUGGAACAUCGUUGUCCAUAAUGCUAGGAGACAUUCAAAUAGCGCCCUCUACAGGUAUGACUUAGUUGACAUCACGCGUCAAUGCCUCCAGGUGCUGGGCAUCUUCAGGUACAUGGGAAUCAUGACCGCUUAUCGGGACAGGGAUGUCGAAGCUAUCAAGGAAGCUGGUCAGAACAUGUCCGAGCUGCUUGAUGACCUGGACAGCAUCCUUGGAUCUGAUGCUCACUGGCUGCUGGGGAGUUGGUUGGAGGAGGCAGCCAGUCUUGGUACCAAUGCCAAGGAGAAACAGCUUUAUACGUAUAAUGCCAAGAACCAGAUCACACUGUGGGGACCUGAGGGAAAUAUUCUUGAUUAUGCAACCAAGCAGUGGUCCGGGGUAGUUAGCAGAUACUACAAACCACGCUGGCAGCUAUUUGUUCAAGCUUUACUAGCAUCUGUGAUAGAGCAUAAAAAGUUCAACAACACUGAGUUCAAGUCAGCAGUAUUAGAAUCCGUUGAAAAGCCUUGGACAUUUGAUGCUGUGCCUUAUUCAACACAACCACAAGGCGAUACCAUCAAGAUAGCAACAUACCUCCAUCGCACCUACAGAUCUUUAACUCACAGUCAGCUUACGAGGAAAUUUUAUGCAAAUUUACCCAUGUUGUGUCAAAAUCGUAAAAUAUGUGCUCGGAACUCUGGGAAAUGGUUGUCGAAGGAGAUAAGACGACGGCGUCGACGGAAACGUAGCAAGACGCAUAGUGACUGAUGCAUUGUGGGUAAGCGGGAGUACUCGCUUCAUCUUUGAGGAAUCCUCUGCUGGUGGACUGGCAGGAGGUGGAAUUGCUUGUUAUUACGACUAAGGCAGUGGACUGAGGAGAUUUAUUGUAUAGCAGUGUUCAACUGUUGUCAUCAGUCAUCGCUCCCUAUUCAUCACAAUUAUGUGUCGGACCUGGCUGUGCAUUCAUUGGCUGGGACACUCACUGGGCUGGGCAUUCAUUGGCUUGUACAUUCACUGGGCUGGGCAUUCAUUGGCUUGUACAUUCACUGGGCUGGGCAUUCAUUGGGCUGGGCAUUCAUUGGCUUGGACAUUCAUUGGCUUGGAUAUUCACUGGGCUGGGCACUCACUGGGCUGGGCAUUCAUUGGCUUGGACAUUCAUUGGACUGGGCAUUCAUUGGCUUGGACAUUCAUUGGGCUGGGCAUUCAUUGGCUUGGGCAUUCAUUGGGCUGGGCAUUCAUUGGCUUGGGCAUUCAUUGGGCUGGGCAUUCAUUGGGCUGGGCAUUCAUUGGACUGGGCAUUCAUUGGACUGGGCAUUCAUUGGCUUGGGCAUUCACUGGUCUGGGCACUCACUGGGCUGGGCAUUCAUUGGCUUGGACAUUCAUUGGACUGGGCAUUCAUUGGCUUGGACAUUCAUUGGGCUGGGCAUUCAUUGGCUUGGGCAUUCAUUGGGCUGGGCAUUCAUUGGCUUGGGCAUUCAUUGGGCUGGGCAUUCAUUGGGCUGGGCAUUCAUUGGCUUGUACAUUCAUUGGGCUGGGCAUUCAUUGGCUUGGACAUUCAUUUAGCUGGGAAUUCAUUGGGCUGGGCAUUCAUUGGCUUGGACAUUCAUUGGGCUGGGCAUUCAUUGGGCUGGGCAUUCAUUGGCUUGUACAUUCAUUGGGCUGGGCAUUCAUUGGGCUGGGUAUUCGUUGGCUUGGACAUUCAUUUAGCUGGGAAUUCAUUGGGCUGGGCAUUCAUUGGCUUGGACAUUCAUUGGGCUGGGCAUUCAUUGGGCUGGGCAUUCAUUGGCUUGGACAUUCAUUGGACUGGGCAUUCAUUGGGCUGGGCAAUCAUUGGCUUGGACAUUCAUUGGGCUGGGCAUUCAUUGGCUUGGACAGUACAGUACAAAACUUUUCAUUCAGUUCAUUACAUUUUGCAAAGACAGUGGGAGGUGGGGCAAGUCCAUCAUGACACUGUGGAGUGUUGGAUUCACACAACAGACUGACUUGGACCAGAGAAUGAAUCACUGAUGUAAUGAUGAUUCUUGAUGUGAAUGCAUCACUCAAGUUUUCAUUUCUGAUUUCUAAUGAGGGAACUCUGUAACACCAGUUUGCAAUAUUGAAUUCCAGUUUCAUGUUGCAGUAGUUGGGCAAGUACAAAAUAACAUAUGUUUACCAUUGUCUGUUGUAACUGUUGUAAUAUACUAGUUAUCAGUGGUGCUAAUUUACGAUUAAUACAUCGUUUUUACAUGUUUUCACUUUGUUUUCUAAUUGCAACGAAACAGGGUUUGUCAGUUGUGUUCAAGGCAACUUACAUGUACAUAACAGACAGUAACUGGAAGAGAUUUCCUAUCAACUUUCGUGUUCUAAAUAAAAACAAAACAAGA